CGUCCGACGGGAAAGGCUGUGGGCGGCGGCCGCCAUUUUGGGGAAGGGAAGUUCGCUGUACUUUGACUCCAUUCCCGAUCCCACCGGGAUCGCGGCUCCCGACGGCCUCCGAGCUCUGAGCCUUCCCUAUCCCACCACAGGCUUUUCCUGUUGUGUUCUGACUCCAAGACCUUCUCCACAACUAGGCCAUUUUUCCUGCCUGGUGUCCUUCUGACCUCUUGACCUCUGACUCAAAGCCCCGCAACCCAACUGCAUUCCACAGAUCUGGUUCCGAAUCAAAGGACGCGCCCUGUUACCCCAGAGCUCCGGAUUGGAGUCAGUCCCAAUCCUCGCUCCCAUGGUCCCAGAUUUAGCGCCGGUUCUCUCCACCGCAUUGCGCAGCCUCCCGCUGCCGGGCCUCCGUCCGAAAGCCGUCAACCUCCCCGUCCCCGAGCCCGGCCCGUUUUGAAGGGUCAUUCUCUCCCCCAUCCUCCCAGCCCAUGCCACGGCCUCCGAAAUGACUUCGUGCUCUUCCCCGCGGGAGUCCCCAGCCCCUCCUUCAUCCCCGGCCCCCGUCACCCCACCUCCGCCCCUGCCCCCACGUCCCCCCGACUUCGCCUUCCCACCCUCUGCCUCGAGUCUCCAGGCGCCCGCGCCCCCGCCGCCGCCGCCGCCGCCGCCCCCCGCCCCGGGAGCCGCGCCCCCGCACGUCUUCGGCCUGGAGAAGAGCCGGCUUCUGACGGAGGCCUGGGAGCGCGCCGGCCCGGCCCCCGCGGGCAGAGAGGACGUGAGGCGGCUCCUGAAGCUGCGCAAGGACCGUUUCAGAAGUGACUUGCAGUGGAUCCUCUUCUGUGCAGACCUGCCCUCCCUCAUCCAAGAAGGCCCUCAGUGUGGGCUGGUGGCCCUGUGGAUGGCAGGCACUGUCUUGGUACCCCCCAGCGGCAUUCCCUUGGAGAGACUCGUGCAGAUGGCCGUGGAGAGAGGCUACACGGCCCAGGGAGAGAUGUUCUCUGUGGCCAACAUGGGCAGGCUGGCUGAGGAGGCACUGGGCUGCCAAGUUGAGCUGCUCCGUGGGGGCCUGGGUGGUCCCAACAGAGGCCGUGUGCUGCAGCACCUUGUCUCUGGACAUCCCUUGCUCAUCCCCUACGAUGAAGACUUCAACCAUGAACCAUGUCGGAGGAAGGGCUACAAGGCCCACUGGGCAGUGAGCACAGGGGUCCUGUUGGGUGUUCAGGGUGUGCCAAGCCCCGGCUAUGCUGAAGACCCUGAGCUGCCAGGCCUGUUUCACCCAGUGCCCAGCAUGCCCCACCAACUACCAUCCCUGCCAGAGGAAGGCUCCCUGGGAGCAGUCUACCUUCUUUCCAAGCAGGGCAAGAGUUGGCACUACCAGCUGUGGGACUAUGACCAAGUCCAGGAUAGCAACCUACAGCUGACGGACUUCUCACCCUCUAGGGCCGCUGAUGGCCGGGUGUAUGUGGUUCCUGCUGGUGGGGUACGAGCUGGCCUCUGUGGCCAGGCCCUGCUCCUCAGACCAUAGGACUCCAGCCCCUAGCCUGCUGCUGCCCUAAACUGGGGGUGAUAGGGCCCAGACCCCAGCUUUUCCCUUUGUGCAACCACCCCAGGGUUUGGGCAGGAUCUCUUGAGGACCUUCAGCCAGAGGUCCUUUUUGCAGGUGUCCCCCCCACCAUUCCAUUCUUAAGCCUGGGCAUCCUCCCAGCUCCUCCAUCCCAAGCCCAUCCCCUCAGUAUUGAGCACCUACUGUGUGGGCUGGGGUUAGAGCCAGAAGCAGGACAGACAAGUUCCUUCUUCCAGGAGAGAGACUGACAGUAGCUCAGACCCUGUGUCCUGUCCACCCCACCUGAAUGUUGCAUCCAUUCGUUUCACAUGGGUGGUCACCCUCUUUUGAACCAUCGACAUCUCUCUGGACAGCUGCAAGAGCUUCACUGGGCUCCCUGCUGCCACCCAGAAUCUUCACGUGGGGUCAGGGCUGAGGGAGCCCCCAAAAAGCAAACUAGUUCUCCAGAGAAACUUCUAGCAGCUUCUUGUUCCUCACAUAAUAGGAAUUAAAAUCCCAGCCCCAGCUCACCUCUCCUUAUCCCAGGCUGUUCUUCCUCAUACUUCCUGCCACCAGCCACACUGACCUCUCAGGUCCCUGGUGCAACCCCACUGCAGCCCUCUGCUGACCAGAACUCAACUUCCCAGUGUGGGAGAGGAAGAUACUUUCCCCUCAAGGUUCCUUCAUCUCUUCUAAUGAGGUUACAUGAGACAGGUUAACAAGAAAGUAACCAAAUUUAAUACAUACACAUGGCAACCCCACAUACAUGAGAGAUACCAAGUGUGAACAAAAGGGGCCACAUGCUAACCUGACAAACUCUAGGAAGGCCUGCAUGGCAGUCUUGCAAACUCAAGAGACCUAAAGUAACCACAAGGAUGGCCUGAAAUUAAACUUUAACUAAGAGCAAUUAUGGUGGGUAGCUAUGUCCUAGGCAGGUAUCUUCACUGACAAGGUCAACUUUUACUUUAACAGCCUAUCUGUCUUUUUGCAUCUAUGAUAACAUAUCCUUGAAAUGUCAGGGUAACUUGUAACUUCCCUUUUUUCCAGACCCCUCAGGCCAC